AUGUCAGAAAAAGUGCUCGAUUUAUUUGAUCAAAUGAAUAUCCAACCUGAUCAAGUUGUUUUCAAUACUCUAUUUAGUGCUUGUGCUCGUGUUGCUAAUGAUCGUGCUAAAGAAAUUGGAAGAAAACUUAAAAGAUGUACAAUAAUAUUUAUUUCAUCAUCAUCCACAUCAUCAAAUUCAUCAUCACCAUCGAAUAAUAUGUAUUCAACAGUGAAAAAACUGAUGGAUGAUAAAAAAUAUAAACAAGUUCUAUCGUUAUUCGAUAAACAAUUGGAUUGUUGUACAGAUGAUAUUAUUCAUAUGGUAGUAAAAGCAUGCAGUUAUUUACAUGAACAUCAACGUAUUACUGAUAUUGAACAAAAUCUUUCGUCAAAAUCACUGAACAAUUCUUAUAUUCAAACAGCACUACUACAAUUCUAUAUACAAAAUCAUGAUAUGAAAAAUGCUUGUCGUUUGUUUUCAACAAUAAAUAAUAAAUCAAAUUAUACGUAUGCAAUUAUGUUUAAAGGUCUUGUUUCAAAUAAAAUGUCAGAAAAAGUGCUCAAUUUAUUUGUUCAAACGAAUAUUCAACCUAAUCAUGUUAUUUUAACUAUUCUAUUUACUGCUUGUGCACAUGUUGCUAAUGAUCGUGCUAAAAAUAUUGGAAGAAAACUUCUUCAACAAAUGCCUAAACAUUUUUAUAAUAAUAAUUUUAUACUCACUUCAGCAUUAAAUAUGUUAAUGAAAUUUGGUGAUGUUAAAAAUGCUGAAAAUUUUUUCCAAAUGAUGAAAAAGAAAGAUGUUAUUGCAUAUGGUGCUAUGAUGAAAGGUAAAUCGGUAAUAAAUAUUUAUCGAAUAUCCAAUAAAUUAUAUUUAGGAUAUGUGGAAAAUAAAAUGUAUGAAAAAACAUUAGAUUUAUUUGAACAAUUACCUUUUUCACUUCAUAAUGUCGGUUAUAUUAUAAUAUUCAAUGCUUGUGCACAACUUUUGAAUGAUCGUGCUAAACAAAUCGGAAAAAAACUUCUUCAACAAAUGCCUAAACAUUUUUAUAAUGAUAAUGUUAUAAUUACUUCAGCAUUAGAUAUGUUAAUGAAAUUUGGUGAUGUUGAAAAUGCUGAAAAUUUUUUCCAAAUGAUGAAAAAAAAAGAUGUUAUUGCAUAUAAUGCUAUGAUGAAAGGAUAUGUGGAAAAUAAAAUGUAUGAAAAAACAUUAGAUUUAUUUGAACAAUUACCUUUUUCACUUCAUAAUGUCGGUUAUACUAUAAUAUUCAAUGCUUGUGCACAACUUUUGAAUGAUCGUGCUAAACAAAUCGGAAAAAAACUUCUUCAACAAAUACCUAAAUAUUUUCAUAAUGAUAAUGUUAUAAUUACUUCAGCAUUAGAUAUGUUAAUGAAAUUUGGUGAUGUUGAAAAUGCUGAAAAUCUUUUCCAAAUGAUGAAAAAAAAAGAUAUUAUUGCAUAUGGAGCGAUGAUGAAUGGAUGUAAUAUAAAUAAUCAACCGUUCAAAUGUUUACAACUAUUAGAGAAAAUUAAACAACAAAAUUUUAUAAUCGAUGAAUUUUCAUCAAGUAUAUUGAUAAAUGCAUGUGCACGACUUAGUAUGCUUUCAAAAUGUCAAUUAGUUGUUGAUCAAAUUCCUUCAUAUUUAUAUAAAAAUCAACAUAUACUUAAUUCAUUAAUUUAUAUGUGGGGAAAGGCUGGUUCUAUUGAAGAUGCUCAGAAGAUUUUUCAAUCUAUUGAUAAUCCUGAUGAUAUUACAUAUAAUUCAUUGAUUUAUGUCUAUGGACUUAAUCACAUGGGUUUAGAAGCUGUUGAUUUAUAUCGAAAAAUGCCUAAUCAUUUACGUAAUGAAGUGACAUAUGUAUGUGUAUUAAAUGCAUGUUCUCAUUCGGGUCUUCUUGAUCAAGCUCAUUCUAUAUUCAAUGAAAUUUCUCAGAAAAGUAAAAAAAUUAUUGCUGCAAUGGUUGAUUGUUUAAGUCGACUUUAUAUAUUUGAUGAAGCACAAAAACUCAUAGAUGAUUAUGAAAAAUCUAAUCCACCUUCUUCAGUUAUGUAUAUGGCAAUAUUAUCUGGAGCACGUAAUUCUCGUCAACAUAUUUUAUCACAAAAAAUUUAUGAUAGAAUGACAAUGUUAUUUCCUAAUGAAAAAGAGGCACUCAAGUCUGGUUCAGUUCUUCUUGGUAAUACAUAUUUAUCUAUAGGUGAUCAUGAACAAGCAGAGAAUGUUCGAUUAAAUCGAAUCAAAGAAUUAGGAACAAAAAUUCAACUAGGAGUAUCAUGGACAGAAUUUAAAGGUGAAAUUUUGGAGUUCAAAGCCAAUGAUCGUCGUCAUCCUCGAUCUGAAGAAAUUCAUGCUAAAGCAAAAUAUAUAUCCGAUGUAUUGAUCAAACAUGGUCAUGAAUAUGAUGCUAGUUGGAUAACUCGUUCAUUAGGUGAAGAUGAAACAACUGAAUCUGUAUUAUGUACUCAUAGUGAACGACUGGCAAUCGCUUAUCAUUUUUUACAAGAAGAAAAUCCAUCGUUUAUUCAGAUUACGAAGAAUCUUCGUGUCUGUGGAGAUUGUCGGCAACAAAACUCAUUGCCAAAAUUUGGCAAUGUAAAAUAA